GAAAAACAUUCUCAAUUAAUACCAUUAGCCUCACAUCAAUUCAUGUAAUUGAUCAGAACAACACCACCAUGGCCAUCAUCACCAUCGAUAUAAUCUCCGACAUAGUCUGCGCGUGGUGCUACAUCGGCACCAAAUCCCUCGAAAAGGCCAUAUCUAUAUACCAAAAAACCUACCCUGGCGGUCGCAACGACAUUUUCGUGCUCACCUGGCGACCCUACUACCUCAACUACCACGCCAGCCUGACCAGCAUCGACAAACACGUCCUCGCGCAGACAAAAUUGCGCCAUAUGACCGCCGAACAACGCACCGCGCUUGAGCAGCGCAUGGAUCGCAUCGGGCGCGCGGCGGGCAUCGUGUUUAGGAACGGUGGGAAGAUCGGGAGUACGCGGCCUGCGCAUCAUUUGAUUGCGCUGUGUCAACGACAGAUAGCACCGGGAUCUGCAGAAGGGCUAGCGGGAGGGAAAGGGAUGUAUCCUGUGGAGGUGCGUGAUGCACUGGUAGCUAGAUUGUUCGAGGCGUAUCAUGAGCUCGAGCGGGAUAUUGCGUCGCGGGAGGUGUUGCGGGAGAUUGCGGUGGAUGUUGGGAUGGAUGAGGCGGAGGUUGAUGGGUGUUUGGACGCUUGCUUUUCGAAUGGAACGGGGGUGGAAGAGAGUAGUGUGGAUAGGGAGGCGAGGGAGAAUAAAGAGGCUGGUACGGGGGUGCCGCUGUUUAUUAUUCAAGGCGUCCAUAGGGUGGAGGGCGCGCAGGACGUGAUGGAGUUGGUUGAAAUUUUUGGGAAAACCAGAGAGAAUGAUGAACUGUAGCUUCGAUUGGAUCUUAGUAAAUGUUGGAUCUUCAAUACAUGUAUUGAGAGUUAGAAUUAGACCAAGGCAGUAUGUAAUAAUAUAGUACAUGUAGU